CAUGAAUGCAAACACAACUCUAUAGAGGUGACUGUGCAAGUCCGGCCAGGCUCCUGCUAGAGAGGAAGCAUCCACAUGCAGCAGCGACAAGGAGUCUGAACAAGCAAGCCUUAUUCGCCGACAUUUAUAGGACAUCUGCAAAGCAACACUUAACAGCACCACCUACCGACCAGAGGCGGAACUGCAGCACAAGUCUGCUAUACCCACUGACACGUCGAGACUCAGUGACAUGUGACACAGCCGGAGCGGGGAGGCCCACGUGGGACGCGGGACGUGACUCCCUGCGCCAGACAAGCCUGCCAGCGCCACCUGCUGCACCUCGGCGGAACCGCAGCCAGGAGAGCCGAUCCUCUCACCGGCACGACAAGACUCCGCCUGCUCAGAGUCCCUGUCAGUCACGUGAACCGCCGGAGCCAGGAGACCCACGUGGGACGCGUCUCCCCGUGCCGGCCGCUGUAACCAAGCGCUGCCCGCCCCACCGCCGGUAAGAAAAGAAUGAGGGAAUAAAAGAAAAGAGGACAGCGCCUCGUGUGAUAUCGUAAAUCAAGUGAACCCAAGUGGAUCCCCCAACAAGACAAAAAGAUGCCUGGCGAGACAAAAGAACCACAGCCUGUUAUACGUCAAACACACAGCAACGGCAUGACUGGAAAGGAAAAGAAGGAACAGGUGAAGAUCCCUGUAUCUAGUACAUUUAAAAGUCAAGACAUUACUGAUUUGGCUGGAAAACUGGAACAUCUGGCCCAGAAUACCCCACUGCGUUUCAGUGAUGAAGCAAUGAGGCCCCCAACUAAAAGCAACUCUCGGUUUGGUAACUUCAGUCAGCAUUCAUUCUUUUCCAGGCAUAAUCCCCAUCCUCAUCGUGUUACACAUAUUCAAGGGCUUAAUGGAAUCCCUAUAUGUAUUGUCAAUGAUGAGUGGAAUGUGACUUCACCCCUCUUCCCUCAUCCCAUGAUAAAAAGUAAGCUCCCAACAAAUCUCUUGGGUGUACCCAGUUUGCCUGUAGGAGAUCCCCAUGGUAACAUGAAUCCAUUUCUUGGAGCAGGUUCCAUGUCUGAGGCAUGGCGUGAAGAGCUGAGAGAACUUGCAUCAAAAGUUUGCACCACAGACAAACAACCAGAUAAACAGGAGGUAGAAGAGCCACGAAGAUCCACGCAGUACUCUGCAGAAACUGGACGUAUCCUACCUGCGUCGGCCAGAGCUUUGACACGACAUGCGUCCAGAAAAGGGACCCGAACCAGCAACACCAAAGCAAGGAAUAUAAGCACUCAAUUCCAAGAUCAAGAACUUCUGAUACUGGAGUUGCUUUGCCAGAUUCUGCAAACUGAUUCUUUGUCUGCCAUCCAGCAGUGGCUUUUGUCAGCUGGCCAGAGAGAAAAAGACCUUGUCAUGAACAUGAUCCAGACAGCCACUGCCAACAUGCAACAUGAAUCCAUGGGGGAAAGACUCCAUUCUCAGAACAGCACAGCACUUUUGUCAAAGGAUGACUUCCUACAAAUGAAAAAUAUAAACAGGUCCAAUCACAAGCAGAAACCAGAGCCUAUUCCUGAAGAAGACAAGCCAGAGUGCAUUGGUACAGCAGAAGUUCUUCAGAUACAUGCAUCAGAUGAUGAAAACCAAGCCAAGCCUGGCUCAAAAUAAUACCCUACAGGGAAGACCUUCUUUUAAAUAAAUUUUCUUGGACAAAUCAACUUCUAUUCUAUUGAUUUCUAAUUGUUAACAAGUGUCUUUAAAAUGUGGUAAAAUAUUGUCACUCCACAUGUAAAAGGUAUUCAGGUUACAAUUUGAGUAGCAUGAAAUUCAUGUUAACAAUUUUUUUUUUUUUUUACCUGAUCCUCUCUAUUCUUCUCGUUCUCUUUUUUGUUAAAUUCUGUAGUUUGGGCUUUAAUAAAAUAACUAGAAGAAUACCCU